AUGGGAAACGGGGAGGCUCCGUAACCAUUUUGGCUCAAGCCAGUUUGGCUCAAGUCGGGCUCAAACUGCGCGCGCGCGCCGACUUGGGCAUGGCAUCGCGGGAGGAUGCGGAAUUUGCGCAUCCAAGGAGGUCAGCUGCAGAGAGGAAAGCUAGUAGGCAAUGGGCGAAGCUGUCGGCGGACAAAGCAGUACAGUGGCUUCGGCAAGAGCUCACUAACUAUAAAGAGAAGUACGGCACUCUUUUACACACUCUGGGUUUGCUGCUGGGACUGGAUCCGCAUGCGGCAGGCCGAAUCCUAUCGGUUGUACCCGUGCUCAUUGCCAAGCUCGAGGGCCCCAACAUUUCCGGUACCACCAAACUUCGGAUACAUUUUGCCCUACAUUCGGUGGCCAAAGAUAGAUAUUGACGUCUUCACUGCGUCGCCCCACCAACUAAGGGGAGCAGAACGCGGGCCACGUUUAAGCAGGCUGCCGCUCAACUCGGGGACAUCCAGCUUCACGGAGCAGGACAUCAACUGUGCCAGCACGGUUCCAGAUCAUGUCUUACAUACCGAGGUGUUCAGGGAUUUCGACACAGCCUUGUACUGUGGACUACCCGAGAGUUUCGAGUGGUAUUCUGAAGUUCCUACCUUUCGACAUCGGGGGGCAGGAGCGGGACUUGAGCAGUGAAUGGUGGACUUUGCCAGUGGAAAUGGGAACGCCGUUUUUGGCACGACCCCCUUCACGGAGGCUGUUCAACCUGACGAUGGGCCUGCCGAGGGCUCACCAGAAGUUGAGGAGCAGCGUGCGCACCAAGCUGCUGAUCAGCAUGUUGAGCAAGCCGUUCAUAAGCCUGCCAAGGACUUGCAAGGUGACAGUUCUGAGCAGCAGCAUCCUGACCCUGUCUUUCAUCAUGAUUGCGCUGGGACAACUCAGCCUGAGUAUGUCGAAGGGGCUUUCUGAUCCUUCUGACCUUUUCGAUGCUGCCGUUGCUGCGACUUGGGAUCAGCAUGACGAAGCCGCUGAUCAUGUGCAUCCAGGUAUUCCUCCUGGGCCUGCUGGGCCUGCUGCUUGUCCUGCAGGCGUUGCUGAAGCCGUGCCUCACGACCUGCGUGGUGGUCAUGUUCUUCGUUCUGAGGAUGACGGUGGUUGUCGAGGUGAUCUUCCCACAGAACGGCCCCGCGAUGAAGGGCAACAGGCUUUGGGCAGCCUUGCGGGUAUCUGGAAGAGUUGCAGCCCGCCAAACACAUCUUCAACGUUUAUUUUAGGAAUAUGCAAGUCCCUUGCUGAAGAUAGUGCUACAGACCCGCCGGGUAAAAAUAAUGCUGGGAGUUUUGGGUUGGAGGUCGAGCGCGUGAUCGACGCAGAGACGCACGUCGAGUCUGAGCCCUGGCUUCGUGGGCCAUUGAUCUACCGCGCGCAGCUUGAGGAGCGCGGAGAGAACGAGAAGAUGCUAGGAAUCCUCGGCACCUUGGCGGCUCACCGUGUUGUUGUUUUGGUCAAAUCCGAGAGGAGGGCUUCCGCUCUUGCCAUGGUGCUCGAGAAGUGCAGUUUCCCGUCAAUUGCAUUGCGUUCUCGCGCGAGCCAAGAGGACCAACUGAGCAGGCAUCCUCGGGAGCCUGACAUACGCAUCAUAGUCUGCACCAAUUUGGUCGACAGUGGCGUGGCCGCAGAGAAGAUUAAUGCCAUCAUUAACUACGACUUGCCUGCUGUUCUGGAUUAUUACUUGCACUGUGUGGGAGGCUGGGAGAGUAUUUCAAUCAUUGGCUUGGUGUUUUUUUUUUUUUUCGGCUACCGCCAGCGAUGCCGACGUUCUGGCUACAAUCCAGCACCGGCUUCAGGUCAACUUCUGCGAUUUGGCCUCUGAUGAUGGGGUCUUGUUGCAGGUGUUGCAAAGGUGUCUGCAGGCAAGCACGUUUCUGCAUAACUGGUGGUGCGUCUCUGCAUAUCUGCAAUCUUGCCCCCAGCUUGGCAGCACUGACAAGUGAUUGAGGGAGGAAUGUAGCAUCAGGCAUGGAGUGUUCGACAAUUCCACUUUGUUACCGAAGCAGGGUUCGCCCCUCCCCCCUGCUCCCUUCCUUACUUCCGCCCCCCCUCCCUAUCAUCCUCUCCCCCAUCCUUCCCCGAUUUCGCCCUUCACCGCGGUCUCCCCGCAGGAAGCUGGAGGCGGUGGAGUCACGACGGCGCCAAUGGCGAUAGGGGACGAGACGUGGGGGGGAGGAGGAGGAGCGAGGGUUUGACUUAGAGAGCGAGGCUGUCGCGCUCGGUUAUCCUAAACAGCGAAGCUAUGGGUCCUUUAUUGUAUUCCAACCUUAUCCUAUGCUGUGGGGUAUCUUCGCUGUUUAGGGCUAGCCUCCCUCCAGUCAGGGUGCAGAGUGAGCGGAACCGCGCUCAGCACCUGCCACC